AUGAUUUUCAUGUGGAAUGCGGAAAUAUGGAGAGUUUUCCAGAUAAAAUAGCCGAAAUAUGUUUGAAAUGCUUCGAAAAUCUACCAAAAACCGGCAAACCUGGAUCACAAGAAUGGACCGUUUUAUCAGGAAUUGUUCGGGAACUCGAAGGAAACCUGGCUGUUGUAGCUUUAGGUACAGGAUCGAAAUGCAUAGGGAGAUCGAAAAUGUCUAAAAACGGGGACAUACUGAACGAUUCCCACGCUGAAAUUAUAUGCAAAAGGUCGUUUAUUCGUUACAUUUACUCUCAACUUGAACACGGAGGAGAUAGUUUUGUGUGGGACGAAAAUAGGAAGAAAUUCAGUUUAAAAAACGGGGUAAAAUUCCAUUUUUUCACUACGCAAACUCCCUGCGGAGAUGCUUCGAUAUUCCCCGAGCAAAUCGAUCACGAGAUAGGAGAAGUGAUUGAAGAAAUACCCAGUAAAAGGCCGAAACUUGAAAUACAGGAGAAUUACGAAGAAAAUUCGGGAAAACCUCGGAAAAUCCACAAAACCGGUGGGAAAAGUUUACUAGAACAUUCCCCUGAUAUAAAUUGCGAAUUAAUGGGACUCGUCCGAACUAAACCAGGUAGAGGAGAUCCCACUUUGUCCGUAUCGUGCAGCGAUAAACUGUCCAAAUGGGUCCAUUUAGGCCUGCAAGGGGCACUUUUAUCAUCGAUUUUGACAGACCCCGUAUAUUUACAAAGCUUCACCAUCUUAUCGAGCGCCCCGUUUAACGAGACCGCUUUAAAUAGGGCUUUAUACGACAGAUUGGGGCCCAUCGAGUUGCCCGCUCCCUUUCGAAGAACUCGUGUAGAGAUCCACCGAAGCUCGAAGACUUUCGAAUUCGCGAAAAACGAUCAGAGGAGGCCUUGCGAUGCCGCCAUUUCGUACAGUCUGGUUCCCGUCGACGAGAAAAGAAUCGAAGUGGCUGUGGACGGUAAAAGACAAGGCCUCACCAAAAAACAGUACGGGAAUCCCGGAAUCGGGCGAUUGAAGAUAUGCAAGCGGGAGUUGUACGAGAAAUUUUUGCACGUUUGCAGAUUGAAGGGAAUCCCGUUGAGGAAAAACGAUGAAUUUUUGCUGUAUAAAGAAGCCAAAAUGCUCGAUGAAAUAUAUGUGAAGGCCAAACGAGUAGUGAGAGGUAAAUUCGAUAGUUGGACGGUCAAAAAUGAAGGUUUAUUAGAGUUUUUUAUCGAUUAGAUUGAGACAAAUUGGCAAAAAAUCCCUACACUUCCGAAAUUCCACUAAACUCGGCUACACCGUAUCUCCAAAAUCCCUAAAUCCACGAAAGUUCGACUAAAUGUGGCAACGCCGCGUGUGCCAGAAAUUGGCUAUAUAAAUACUUAAAAAUCGGGUAAAAAAACGCGAUUUAAUUCAAAAAUAAACGUGUAU